AUGGAGCACCCAUUUUUUCCGACGACCACCACAAGGGCAGAGGCGUUGCGGUGGCUGACGAUCGCGGAGAAGCUUCUUUCGAAGCGUGACCUGAUGGGGAGUAAGUCGUUUGCAACCCGGGCGCGUGACUCUGACCCGACCCUAUUACCCGCCGACCAGAUUCUAGCUGUGGCUGACACGCUCCUCUCCGGAGACCGGCAGAUCGGGAACAACCUGCAGGACUGGUAUUCGAUUCUUCAGGUCUCGCCUCAGCAGGGCAGUGACCAGGAGCUCGUCGCGGCGCAGUACCGCCGCCUGGCUCUCCUCCUAAACCCGCAUAAGAAUAAGUUCGCAUUUGCUGACCAGGCCUUCCGCCUCGUGCUGGAAGCCUGGACUGUGCUUUCUCAUCCUUCGAAGAAAGCUUUGUACGACAAGGAGCUAGCUUUCUAUAUGCAGCCGCAGCCCGACCCGUUUAAUCCUUUGUCUGUGCCCCGGGAACAUCUGAGCAUCCCUACAUUGCAGCAAAACUUCAUUUUCUUAGGGGGUAAUAGUGUUGGUAGUGUGAAUGAUCCCUCUCAUGCUUCUCAACCACAUGUUCAUGGUGGCAGCAGCAGCAGCAGUGCUGCGACUCGUUUCCAUCAAGUGCAGGUACAUGCGCAACCGGUCGAACCCGUAGCUUCUGGGGGAAUUCGAGAACAAGCAAGUAUGUAUCCACCGCAGAAUUUCAUGAAUUUUACUUCAGAUGCUAAUAUAGCUUUUGAGUCUGGUUCAGUGUCGACUCAAGAACCCUUGAAUAAGCAGCGACGGCAAAACUACCCUGCUUUCACUGGUAAUGUCCAGUCUGUUUCUGGGUCAAAUCUUAAUGUGCAUGCCAAUGAGAAUGUGCAAGAUGCGAGAGAAGAUGAACAAGAGGUGGAGAGAAUGGUUACACAGGAGGAGGUGGUGAAGGAGAGAGUGGAUGUACCGUCAAAUGACAGUGGCUCUACUUUCUGGACUUCGUGUCCUUAUUGCUAUCACAUGUAUGAGUAUCCUGGGGUGUAUGCGGAGUGUACCCUCCUCUGUCAGAAUUGUAAAAGGGCCUUUCAGGGUGUUGUGAUUCCAUCACCACCGCCAAUUGUGAAUGGGCAAGAGGGUUACUUCUAUUGCUGGGGAUCUUUUCCGUUGGGUGUUUCAAUGGAAAAUAUGGAGAAAAAUAGGAAUCUGGCUUCAAUUUGGACCCCAUUUUCGCCUAUGUUUACUUGCCCUAAAAUGCUGAAUGAGAAUGAUGUGGACAAAAAGGGUAAACGGAAGGCUUCGGCUCCUAGGGUAUAUGUUGAAGAUGAUGAGGUUUUUGUGGAACUUUCAGACUCAAGUGAAUCCGAUGUUGAUUGGCUGCAUGAUAGAUCGAAAAAGAAGAAUAAAGUGAUGAAUGCGCAAGGAAAGAGUGCCAGUGAGACGCCCAAGAAAGGGAUGAAUGUAAAUAACGAGAUUGCACAAGUUAAAGCAAAAAAUGCGAAUGCAGAAGAUAAACUUUUAUCCCCUCAAAGAAGUGAGACGCCGAAUAAGUCAGUGGGUGAGUCCAGUAAGAAAGGAGGAGCUGCAGCUAAUGCUCGGAAGCGACCUGGGGCGGUUGCGAAGAAUUUUGAGAAGUUGGAUUUGAAUGUGGAGUUUAGCAAUGAAGUCGAGGAGACUGCACCAAGCAUGAACCAGGAAAAUGGACCAGGACGCGGGGAGGAUGAUAACAUUGAAGGGAUUGGGUUUUUUGAGGGUCUUGAUGAAUUCCUAAACAGUCUUCCAAUUCUUAAUGUUGUAGGUGACGACAAGGUUGUCAAAGCUGCUUAA